AUGGGAUCUUCAUCAACCAGUCAUCAUCGAUCUCGUUCACCGACGCGUAAACAAAGACGACGCCACUCUCAUGGCGAUGAAUACAGGCAUUCCCACAAGCAUAAGCACAGACGAAAUAAAAGUCGCUCUCGUUCUCGUUCUCGCUCUCGUUCUCGUUCUCGUUCUCGUUCUCCUACUAGGCGCUCUCAAAAAGUCGCUCCUGAUAAUGAGAAAACGAAACCUGAAGCUGAAAAGAUUGAUGUUAUUGCUCAACUAAGAGAACUCGCUCAAAAACACAACAACACCGCUAGCAAUAACAACAACAAAAAAUCAAGGAGAAAGUCUGGUGAUGGGCAUAGUCAUCUGUCACGGCGUACUCCAAUGGUUCCAAAGACAAAAGAGGUUUAUGAAAAAGAACGAUCAGUGAUUAAUCGAGAAUAUGAUCCACAGACGGGUAGAAUGAGACUUGUGAGGGCAACAGGUGAAAUUCUAGAAUCAAUUGUCAGUCGGGAUCAGCAAUACCAGAUUAAUAAGGCUGCAACAAUUGGAGACGGAAUUGCUUAUCAGGCACAGAUUGCUAAGAAGUGUUGA